AUGGCCACGAGUGGAGUGGUCGAGGCGUCCGAUAUUGAUGAAGCCUGCCGGUGCCUAGAACCCAAAGAAGAAUAUGUGAAAGUCAGAAGGAAGGACCUGGAACAGCUGACGACCGAAGUGAUGCAGAUGCGGGACUUCUUACCCAGACUGCUCAACGUGGAGUUAACGGAAAGUUUGCAGAGCUUGAAGAGUGUAGAAAAAAACCUGGAAAGGCGAGAACAAGAAUUAGAACAGCUGAGAUUGGACUAUGAACACUUCAAAGCCCAGCUAGAAACUGUACAGACAGACAGCAGAAGGGAGAAGAAGGAGAAGUUGGCUCUUCGACAACAGCUGAAUGAGGCGAAACAGCAGCUCCUCCAGCAGGCAGAGUACUGCACACAAAUGGGAGCAGUUACCUGUACCCUCCUCUGGGGAGUCUCUAGCAGUGAGGAAGUCGUCAAAGCCAUUCUGGGAGGAGACAAAGCAUUGAAGUUUUUCAACAUCACUGGUCAGACAAUGGAGAGUUUCGUAAAGUCAUUGGAUGGGGACGUCAGGGAGGUUGAUUCUGAUGAGAGUCAGUUUGUAUUUGCACUGGCUGGAAUUGUAACAAAUGUUGCCGCCAUUGCAUGUGGUCGUGAAUUCUUGGUGAAUUCCAGUCGGGUGCUCUUGGACACCAUGUUGCAGCUGCUGGGGGACUUAAAGCCUGGCCAGUGCACCAAACUCAAAGUUCUAAUGCUGAUGUCUCUAUACAAUGUGAGCAUCAAUUCAAAAGGCUUGAAAUACAUCAGUGAGAGCCCUGGAUUUAUCCCUUUGCUGCGGUGGCUUUUGAAUGAUCCAGAUGCAGAAGUGUGCCUUCAUGCCUUGCGACUUAUCCAAUCUGUGGUUCUAGAACCAGAGGUCUUCUCCAAGUUGGCUCUGGAACUCCGAAGCUCCUUACCCCUACAGCGCAUCCUGGCCAUGUCCAAGAGCCGCAACUCCCACUUGCAGACUGCUGCCCAGGAGCUCCUGGAAGACCUCCGUGCCCUGGACUGCAGUGUUUAAAUGCACUUGACCAACAGGGGCUUGGUGAAAAUGCCAGUGGCCCUUUCCCUCUCCAGGCCCUUUACCGUUGUGUUCACAACUAGAUGGCACUGUGUGUCAUGUGUUAGCCAUUGAAGGCCUUGACUGACUUGAGAUGGACAUGAUGGGUAAGGUAAGCAUCGUGCAUUUCCAUCCUGAGAGGUCACACUUGUUAGAUACUUGGUUAUGAUUAAUCUUGCCAGAGCAAUAACCAAAAAAGGUUGUAUUCUCCAGUAAGAAGUCCUCUCUGGACACCUGGAAACUCUUCCAGAGCUUUCUCAGAGUAGCUUCUUGCUGCCCUAGAGGCUGCCCACACCAAUAGGGUCACUGUAAAGAUGGGACCAAGUAGUCAGUGUUUCCCAGAAGCAUUUCAGUAAUAGUUCAUCCUCUUUUUCUAGUACCCAUAACCCCUACUACACAGGCUUACUUUGUAACCUUUUGAUGAACCUGUUACUUCACAUGACACUGGACACUUGAACUCUGUUUUGGUGCUUCUUUUAUUUUUGAAUAAAGUUGAGUCAAUAUUAGCUAUUACAUUGUAAAAUACAA